CAACGCAACAGUCACCAACUGCAAUUUUAUGAAAUGACAACCUUAAUAAGGUGAGCGGAUUUCAACACCCUUUUUUUCUUUUCAUUCUCCACAAAUCUACCGUUACUAUGGCAACUACUAACAACUGGUCUCCAGACAGCUGGAAGUCCAAGCCAAUUGUCCAAGACGUCACUUACGAAGACGAAGCUCAUGCUAAGCGAGUCGUUGACAAAUUGGGUCGCUUGCCUCCCAUGGUGUCAACAACAGAGAUCGAAAAACUUCGGGAACAAUUGAAACAAGUUGCCCUGGGUAAUUCGUUCCUACUUCAGGGUGGCGAUUGUGCAGAGCUGUUUGACUAUUGCUCUCAGGACCCUAUCGAAGCUAAACUUAAAGUGCUGCUCCAAAUGUCCCUGGUACUGACGUGGGGUGCUCGAACAUCGGUCGUACGUAUUGCUCGUAUGGCUGGCCAGUAUGCAAAGCCUAGAAGCAAGCCUACGGAAAUGCACGAAGGACAGGAGAUUCUUUCGUUCAGAGGUGACAACGUCAACGGUUUCGAUCCUAAAGACCGCAAGGCCGAUCCGGAAAGAUUGUUGGGUGCGUACUUCCACUCUGCUGCUACUCUCAAUUACGUGCGAACACUGCUAGACUCUGGAUUUGCAGAUCUGCACGCGCCAUCACAGUGGAACCUCAGCCAUGUGCGAUCAGACGCGGUGAGAGGCGAAUACCAGUCCAUCGUAACACAACUCACCGACGCACUCGAUUUCAUGAAAACUGUGGGUGCUGAUAACGGCGGCAAAAACAACGCUUUACGAUCUGUCGACUUCUUCGUUUCGCACGAGGCACUGCUUUUGGAAUACGAAUCCAGCCUGACACGUUUGUUGACAUCGCCUUCUACUAACACCAAAAAGUACUACAACACUGGUGCACAUUUCUUGUGGAUCGGUGACCGCACGCGCCAGCCUGACGGUGCGCAUAUUGAAUAUAUCCGAGGCAUUGAGAAUCCAGUGGGUCUCAAAGUUGGUCCUACUACCAAUCCAGAGAACCUUGUUGAAAUCCUCAAUCGAGUGAAUCCCAACAAAGAGAUCGGCAAAGUAACUCUGAUCACUCGCUUUGGAGCGGACAACGUCGAACAGUAUUUGCCGCAACACAUUGAAGCAGUCCGCAACGCUGGCCAUAUCCCUGUUUGGGUAUGUGACCCAAUGCACGGCAAUACCAAGAAUGCCAGCGGUGGCAUCAAAACGCGUCAUUUCGUCGACAUUAUCCAGGAGCUUUCUCAAACGUUCAGAGUGCACAAGUCAUGUGAAAGCAAGCUCAACGGCGUUCAUUUCGAACUCACAGGCGACUCCGUAACGGAAUGUGUGGGUGGCUCAAUGGAUUUGACAGAUGAAGAUUUGUCGACCAACUAUCAGACAUACUGCGAUCCACGCCUUAACUACGAACAAUCGCUGGACGUCGCUUUUCUGAUCGCAAAGUACUAUCAGAACGAACGAAACAAUAAAGAUUUCCCAAGUCUGUAGAUGGGUUGGCUGGUCCUCCAAUUGAGAUCGACAGAAACAAAAAAAUACACAACUAAAUAAAAAAAAG